CCAGUUGUAAAGCUCCUAACAUGCUCCUCAAAAAGUUCCAUUGAUGUCUUCACGUCAGAUUAUAAUAUCAUUCAACUUACAAAAAAAAGAAAAGAUUGUGCAAUAAGCAUGUCAAAAAGGAUGAGAUAGUGAAGGUGCCACAUAAACUAAAGCAGAGAGAGAGAAGAGUCAGUCAUAAAGUCAAAUAAAAAUGCUUCCUUUUUAAGUUUUGUUUCCUCCAUCGUUGGGGAGGACACAUUUUCAUUUCUCUCUCUCUCUCUCUCUCUCUCUCUAACGAACGCCAUGGACGACACCCAGAUCGCAUCCCUCCUAAAAUCAUCAGACCUCUUCCCUCUCCCUCAAAGCCUCAAACUUUCGUACGGAACAGCCGGAUUCCGAGGCGACGCAAGCCUCCUAGACUCCACCGUCUACAGAGUCGGCAUCCUCUCAGCUCUCCGCUCCCUCAAACUUGGAUCCUCCACCGUCGGACUCAUGAUCACAGCCUCCCACAACAAAGUCUCCGACAACGGCGUCAAAGUCGCCGACCCGUCCGGAGGCAUGCUCUCCCAGGAAUGGGAGCCGUUCGCGGAUCAGAUCGCGAACGCGUCUUCCUCCGAAGAACUCGUCUGGUUGAUUAAAGAGUUCGUGGAAAGGGAAAAGAUUUCAAUCGGAGGUGUUGGAGAGGUGUUGUUGGGGAGAGAUACUAGACCUAGUGGUUAUUCUCUUCUCCGCGCUGCGGAGAUCGGAGUCUCCUCUGUUUUGGGAUGCGUUGCGGUUGACAAGGAUUUGUUGACGACUCCUCUGUUGCAUUGGAUGGUUCGAGCUAAGAACAAAGGUCUCAACGCAAGCAAGUAUGAUUACUUUGAGAAUCUCACUACUUCACUUAUGUGUUUGAUUGAUCUUAUCCCAGUUAGCGAGUUUAAGAUUACCAAGUUGGUUUUAGAUGGUGCUAAUGGUGUGGGUGGUCAGGUGAUGAAUGAGUUUUCUUUCUGUACUUUAGAUGUUGAGAUUCGUAACACAGGUUUUCAAGGAGGUGUGCUUAACGAAGGUGUAGGUGCUGACUUCGUUCAGAAAGAAAAGGUUGUGCCUUUAGGGUUUGGUUCCAAGGAUGAUGUUGGGGUGAGGUGUGCUAGCUUUGACGGUGAUGCUGAUAGAUUAGUUUACUUUUACGUUCCUUCAGAGUCUUCUGGUGGGAAGAUUGAGUUGCUAGAUGGUGACAAGAUUCUGUCUUUGUUCGCUCUCUUCGUCAAGGAGCAGCUAAACACUUUUGAUGAUGAUGGUAAGGAAGGGGAGCUAUCUCGUCUUGGUGUUGUGCAGACAGCUUACGCAAACGGUGCGUCGACGGAUUACUUGAAAGGUUUGGGUUUAGAUGUUGUUUUUGCGAAGACCGGGGUGAAGCAUUUACAUGAGAAGGCAGCUGAGUUUGAUGUUGGGAUCUACUUCGAAGCUAAUGGCCACGGGACUAUACUCUUCUCGGAGUCUUUUGUUUCGUUGUUAGUUGGGAAGCAGAAGGAUCUGAGUGAAGGCUCUGAUGAGUACAAUGCGGUUUCUAGGCUAGUGGCGGUGAGUAAUCUGAUUAACCAAGCGGUUGGUGAUGCUAUAAGUGGGUUGCUAUUGGUUGAAGUGAUUCUGCAGCACAUGGGGUGGUCAGUGCAGAAGUGGAAUGAGCUGUACAAGGACCUUCCUAGCAGACAGGUUAAGGUGGAAGUUCCAGACAGAACAGCGGUUGUGACAACUAGCGAAGAAACCGAGGCGUUGAAACCUUUGGGGAUUCAGGAUGCUAUUAAUGGUGAGAUCAAGAAAUACAAGCGUGGCAGAGCUUUCAUAAGGCCGUCAGGUACAGAAGAUGUGGUGAGAGUGUAUGCAGAAGCAUCCACACAAGAAGAUGCUGAUUCUUUGGGUGAUUCUGUGGCUCAGCUUGUCAAAAGCUUCCUUGGUUCAAGCUAAAGGUCCAUCUGGCACUAGAUAUCUCUUCUUCUGGACUUGAUCUUUACCAACGUACACCGCAAGAAACCCCUUUGGCGCUGAAACUGUCCUUUUGCUUGUAGCCCCUACAGAAAGGCCGAUGAUCCUCUUUGCACUCAAGAGACCUCUGAAACAAAGCCAUUUCUUGUGUCUGGAAAUUUGAAAUAUGAAGCUUCUGAGAAAAGGGUAGAUGCUCAGAUUCAAGGUUUGUAUUGAAGAGUUGGUUCUCUGCUUUAAGAUGUAUUAUAUAGAAUUAUAGAUUGAUAAAAGAAUUUAAAACCACCUUUGAACCACUGAAACAAUGGGACAUACACACACCUAUAUUUCACA